AUGUUGUUUUAUGGUAUAAAAUUGUUGAAUAAAUCAAGUUUAACAUCUGGAUUGUAAGUUUUUUAUAUUUUUAUGUAAAAAUAAAUUAAUUUUCUCUCUAAAUUUUAUGCAUUUAUGGUUUGGAAUAUUAUUUUAAAAUUUUGUUAGUUUUUCUUUGAAUAUUAGUUAAAUAAAAUAGCUUUUUAGGAGUUUAGCGCGGAUAUCAACAAGUUCAACAUAUUAUUCACGACUCUCCGCCGCUGCUUUGGUCGAUUCAGCUCCAACAAAAGCACAACCUUACUUGCGACUUAUGAGAUUGGAUAAACCAAUAGGUAAUUUUUUUUAUUUUAUAUUUCUUUUUUAUUAGGAACAUGGUUAUUGUUCUGGCCUUGUACUUGGUCGAUCGGAUUAGCAGCACCAGCUGGACACUUGCCGGAUCUCAAGAUGUUGGUGUUGUUUGGAACUGGUGCUGUGAUGAUGAGAGGAGCUGGGUGUGUUGUUAAUGAUUUGUGGGACAAGGAUUUUGAUAAAAAGGCAAGCUAACUGAACUUUUUGAGUUGUAAUACAUUAGUAUGGGAGACAUAACGUGCAUAAUAUUAUAUUUUUGGGUUCUUAAACUUGUUAAAGCUUAAACAAUCUUUUAAAAAAAGUACAUUUGCACUUAAUUGAUAAUGUUUUAAUUAAUUUUACAUAAAUGCAUAAUUAUAGGUAACAAAAAUAAAAAAAAUAUAAUUUUAGGUAGAACGAACUAAAUCUAGACCUUUAGCUAGUGGAGAGUUGAGGCCGAAACAAGCUUUAGUGUUAUUAACAGGUUUAUUAUCUUCUUCUUUAGCUGUGUUACUUCAAAUGAAUAGGUUGACAGUUGGAAUUGGAGCUUCUUCUCUCUUAUUGGUCUUCAGCUACCCUUUCUUUAAGAGAAUAACCAAUUGGCCACAAGCUGUAUUAGGCUUAACUUUUAACUAUGGAGCUAUUAUGGGAUUUACGGCUGCUUCUGGACACUUUUGUCCAAUUGUGGUACCUCUUUAUAUUGCUGGAUGGUGCUGGACUAUGAGUUACGACACUAUCUAUGCUCAUCAGGUAUGCUAAUGUUACAAUUUCAUAUAUGAUAGUUUAGGAUAAAUCUGAUGACUCUUUAAUUGGUGUAAAGUCAACAGCUUUACUGUUUGGAGACAACACCAAGAAGUACCUGACAGCAUUUUCGACCGGUAUGAUUGCUAAUUUGGCUGUUCUCGGUGCAAUGACAAAUCAAACUCUACCUUAUUAUGUUGGUGUCUCUGCUAUUGGAGCUCAUUUGGGACAUCAAAUUUAUACUUUGGAUAUUAAUAAUGGCAGUGAUUGUUGGAAUAAGUUCAGGUCAAAUAACUGGAUUGGUGCUAUCCUAUUUGGAGCUAUAGUUGCGUCUAACUUAAUGAAGGAAGAAAAGAAGAAGGAGCAUAUAAAAGAAGUUGAUGGAGAAGUUAUAUAG